AUGGGCGAAGAAGCUCCAUCCGUACAAACUUUCACUUCUGCAGAUCGCAUCCGGCAACUGAAUGACAUCGACCAGGAUGUAGCAAAAUUGCUUCACUCAGCCGGUCUCGCCAUCCAAGCUCUCACCAACACCAAGCCAGACUCGGAGACGCCAUCGAAUGGCUCCCUCGAAUCCCACAAGGCCCAAUUCAAAGAAGCUACCGCAAAAUACUUCUCUCUUCUAUCCUCCAUCGAUGUCCGACUACGUCGACAACUCUAUGCCGUUGAAGAAGCUUCCCUCUUUUCAACAGACUCGGUCUCCAAAGAUGCAGCUGGCGCUGGCGCCAGUGCCGUGGGUGCCGUGGGUGCUGGUUCUGGAGCUACGAACCCUCUAGACGUUAGCUGGCUGAAUAGCCGGAAGGAUACUGUUGGAAAGGACAAGGAGGCUGAGCUGUGGGCUGCUGCGAAGGGUUUCGUGGAGCUGCUGGAUAAUGCGCCGGACGGACUGAAUGGCUCUCUGAAGCAAGAGUCGGGUGAGUCCGAGAAGAUGCAGGUCGAUUAA